UAAGGGUCACCCGUAUAUUUUCUAUCUGUCCACUAGAAUUAGCAGAUUUUGAUACUCAAGCCAACAAUCCCUACAGGCAUCGUGUAGAUUAGCAGCGUAUCAGUCAUUUCAAACGAUUGACCCAUUGAUACACGAGCAUCACAGAUCGAGACGUGAAGGCUGUGCCAGCUGAUGAAAUUGUUGACCUAACAGGUGACAUGUCGUGUCUCAAGCUUCUUGAACAAUUGCUCGAACAACAACUAGACUCUUCGUCAAAAGAUACACUUGCCAGGAAGAAUGUCGCAAAGAAACUGGAGAAGAUGCUUCUAGAAGCGACUCUUGGAUUUGAAGGUGAGACGAGGUGCCACUGGUUAUCAUCUCUAGACGAGGUUCGUCUAUUGCCGGGAGAUAGUCUUGUGACAUGUAGGAUUGAUGCGGUCAAGAGAGCGCUUCAAGAUCAGCCUUGUCCGUCCCUCAAAUCUCUCAAGAGUGGAGAAGAGCAGACUAAACUGCUUUCAAAAUCUGUUUCUAAAAUGUUGAACAAUUUUGUAGUUCCAACUGUGCUUGAUGAUGAUAGUGCAGACUCUAUUGCUGCUCAUCUGUCUCAGAGUGAAGCACGCUCUUAUCAUGGAACUCUAUUGGCUAUUCAAGCUACAGAAGAUGGGAACCACAAGGGCUUCAUCUACAGCAGGAGAAUUUCAAGAAAACUUUCUAAAAGGAGUACCUUAGUUUGCAAUCUUGAUACAGCCUAUACCGUUGCAGAUGCAUCUCUGGCAUUUCCUGUUCAUCCAGGAGAUCAAAUUCAAUUUAAGUUGAACACAUGCAAGCAGCAAAAUGAAAUAGACGUUUUUGAUAUUGUUGUCACUGACUACUAUAGUCUGAAUGACAAGGAAAUAACAUCAUACAUUGACGAUCUAGAAAAGUGUUCCAAGUCUACUGAAUCAGAUUUUACUGAUCCUCUUUUAAAAGUCACUAACUUUCUUCCUAUGUGGAAAUAUAUUAUGAAUGCUCGUCAACUACCUGAGAAUGUCUCACGAAAAGUUGUUGUACUUCAUAAUUGUAUAGUGAAAUCCAGAACAAGCCAGUUGCAACAGUCUCGAAUGGAGACUUUAAUGCGUAGCUACAUAGGGGCAAAAUUUCUUGAUAAUUUGUAUGAUCAAGUUGGCAAAGAAGUCGAUCUUGCUGAUGUUUGUGAAUUUUUGUCAAGCUUUGUCAAAUACUUGCCAACAUCAGCAUUUGCAGUAGUUCGACUCAUUAGUCGUCUAACUGAGCUUUUAAAUCAAAGUGGCCAGAUGGAAACUUCUUGCAAGUUCCUGAUGGAGGUGGUGACAACUACUUGUGUUCCUCCUAGAACGACAUCAAUUUCCUCUCUGCGUUGGGACCAGACGCCACUGAUUGUCACUCCACAAGAGCUGAGCGUCUUGACUCAAGCUGGAGGUGGAAAGCACGCACAUCUGCCUGUGGUUCAAACUAAAGGGCCAUAUGAGAGUCUGAACGCUUACUAUAAUACGUAUUUUCGACUGCUUCGUGAAGAUUGCUUUGGUGAGGCUUGCAGACUGAUUGGUGCAGCUAAACUUGGUCAACUGAAUGAAGAUACUGACGUAGUGUACCACGUGAGUGGGUUUACUGGAUUGCAUUUUCUGAGGAACGGCAGAGGAAUGGCAUAUGGUGUGAAGAUUGAGCCAAGUUCAGAUAUUGAUUGGACAACGUCGGAUGUCCUGAAGAGUGAAAAUUUAGUCUGCCUAAGUAUUGACGGGAAAUUCGAAGAUGAGAAAAUGAUAUGGGCAACCAUAGCAACCCAAAAUGGCUCCAGGAUAGCUAACUUGCAAAAGGGUGAGCUCUUCGUUCAAUUUUGCACAGAAGCUAACGAGAGGAGCGAUGCUGAGGUCAUUCUUCUUUUGCGAGAUUCUAAGCAUGCCGUUAUGGUCGAGAGUCCUACAUUCUUUCGAGCUUAUUAUCCUGUACUGAAAUCUCUGCAACAGAGAAAGAUAGAAGAGACGCCAUUCCAGGAUGAGUUACUCAGAUUCCAGAGCUCAGCUGUUGGCCUUAUCGACCCGAACAGUAAACUUGAUUGGAAAGUUAUUUUCAAACCCAAAAAUUCUAGUGAGGAAAUGCCGUACACCACGGUUGGUGAACUCGACGCUGUUACUAAAGAUCACAACUUUGAGUGCUUACUAGAUGACAGUCAGCUGGAUGCUUUAAAACUUGCUUGCAGCCAGCCCCUUACAAUAAUCCAGGGUCCUCCUGGCACAGGAAAAUCAUACAUUGGGGUAAAGUUAGUUCAGUUGUUCAGAACAAUUGGCGCGUUGUCAAUUGCAAAGAAACCGAUUCUCAUUCUUACAUACAAGAAUCGUGUGCUCGAUCAAUUUCUUGAGGACUGUUUACAGUUCUGUCCUCUCGGGAAGAUUGUGCGAGUAGGAAAAGUUGGAAGUCGAAAACUUGAAUCUCGCGGUCUGACUGCUGUUCUACACCGCGAAAAGUUGAAACAUCGUCGUUAUGCCAGACGAAUUCAUUAUGACAGCAUCAGUCGUUUGAAAACGCUAAAACACGAGUUACAUCGCGCAGGUCGACAACUGGAACUGUCUGAUUGUCUGAACGUUGACAUGAUUAUGUCUCGAGCGACUACCGAACAGCUGCAAUCUCUUCUCUAUGGCGACGAAGACAUCACUGAAGAAGACUCUGAAAUAUUGAGCAAACUAAGAUUUAAAGAUAAUGCUGAUUUGAAAGAACUAAAACGAAACAAAGAUUUCAAGCAGCUCGUAACGCGAUCAGCUGAUAGAUGGAUAGGCAAAGCACUGCAGCAGUCUCCGGAAGAGUCAAAAGAAGAGAAGAAGGCGCGAAUGCCAUCUCUGUUUCGAGCGCAAGGUUCUAAGUCAGCCACGAGGCAGUCUGAAGAUAAAGACUCUGAUCUGUCAAGCGAGCUGUUUCAAGGCAAGACUCUAGAGCAGGAACGCUUAUGGUCCAUUGACGACGAAGAACCAAACGUUUACGGCGAGAAGAAGGUAGACGAAGGCCCACAAUCGAUCUCUUUUAACUACGAAUCAUCACAAGAAUGGAAAAUCAACAUUUCCAAGCAGAGAUCGCCAGAGAAUGUGCAGCCUCGACUAGCGAAUUGCACGGAUGUUUGGAUUCUUGAUCCUGACGAGCGCCGUCUUCUCGCUCAGUCAUGGCUGGGACGGCAAUGCAAAGCGGCCGCCGACCAAUUCACAUCUGCUGCAAAGGAGUACGAUGAUAUCUGCGAACAUAUCCAGGAUCGCAAUAGGCUCAUUAAGUUUGAAAUUUUAAAAUCUGUUGACAUCGUUGGUAUGACGACGACUGGUGCGGCAAUACACCAGCAGCUUUUAACAGCCGUAGAACCGGCUGUGGUGAUCGUAGAAGAAGCGUGUGAGGUUCUUGAAGCCCAACUACUGGCCACUCUAACUUCAUCCGUUAAGCAUCUCAUUAUGAUUGGAGACCACGCACAACUCAGACCAAAGGUGGCUUGUCAUUGGCUGUCACAGCAUCAUCACUUCGAUCGUUCUAUGUUUGAACGUCUCGUGUCCAAUCAGUUUCCUCACAAAACGUUGCAAAAUCAAAGGCGCAUGAGAGAAGAAUUUACGGAAUUACUGAAGCCCUAUUAUAGUUAUCUUCAAUCUCAUUCUCAAGUUAAAGAAAUAAGAAUUCCUAAAUGUUUUGGUUCUUAUCAUAUGUUCUUUUGGUCGUACGAAAAAGAGUAUGAGAAGAAACGAGUGUCCGGGACGAUAAUAGUGAACGAGAAAGAAGUUCUAAUGGUCGUCACGUUAGUGCUGGCUUUGCUAAUUUGUGGUGAACUGUCAGAAAGCAUCACAGCACUUUCUCCUUACCGAGCUCAGGUACAUGCUAUCAUUGAGCGGUUGCAGAAUUGCAGAGACCUGUGUUCUGAUGAAGAUGUCAUUACUAAAGCGAAGGAUGUGAAAGUGUGUACGGUCGACGAAUACCAGGGUUACGAGAAUGACAUCAUCAUUCUUUCUCUAGUACGAUCAAACAAAGCCAACAAAUUAGGCUUUCUCAAGGAAAAGAACCGUGUCGUCGUUUCUAUAUCACGUCAACGUUCGUCUCUUAUCGUGAUCGGUAACAGCCAGUUUCUUGAAAGAAACGACAGCAACUGGAAGGCUAUUAUAAAGAAGUUCCAUGACCGAGGCUGCCAUGGUACACAGCUAACUUUGCAGAUGAAUAAGUCAGAGCCAGCUGUCAACGUAUAUGAAGUUGUCAGAAGAGCAAUCGCAAAGCCCAAAGUGACGGCUACAACGUCAAGUUGUGAAAUGCCAUCUGAAUUACAGGCGAACAUUGAACACUCAUCAUUAGACGAUCAUUACAGCGCCGAGGGGGGCGUUGACGAAACAACUGAGUCUACAAAGAAAAAUUCCAAACUUUCGGUUGUUUUGAAGAAAUCGAAUUCAAAUGGUUCAAACGAUACUUCACAAGACGAGCAGCUUUUGCAAAGUCCAUUGUCUCCUCUUACACCGACCAGUAGGAUUUUGAGUAAAACGAUGCAGCGAGUUGCUUGGAAGGUGGGUAAGAGCUGGAUACCUCUCUGCCGAGAACUGGGACUUGAGGACAAUGAGAUCGAGACUAUAAAAGCAAACGAUCCUCUUGACGCUCAAGAGCAGGCGCAUCAGGGAUUGCUAAAGUGGUCGCGCUCUCAAGGCGACCGUGCUAACAAAGAAGCUCUAAUUGCGGCUUGCAGUAGACCUGAAGUUGACAGAAAGGAUGUCGCAAGCGAUUUGGAAAAAGGGCUUUUUGAUUUUUGAAGUAUAUGGCUUGCUCAUCUGGUGUUUGUCAUUGUGGUGUACAUUGUGUGUACUUAGUAUAGUUUGGACAGACUGUUUAGAUGAGUAGAAUCUUUUAGGAUUGUUAUUCGUUUUUAUUUCCAACUAGUAUACAUGGCCCGUCUUUCGUACGGGCAAUAUACUGUAGAUAGGUCUG